AAUGGCUCGUACAAAGCAGACUGCCCGGAAGUCUACCGGCGGGAAGGCACCUCGCAAGCAGCUAGCAACGAAGGCCGCUCGGAAGUCGGCGCCCGCGACUGGAGGUAUUAAGAAACCACAUCGCUACAGACCCGGCACUGUCGCUCUUCGUGAGAUUCGGCGCUAUCAGAAGUCCACAGAGAUGCUAAUCCGCAAGCUCCCAUUCCAGCGCUUGGUUCGCGAAAUAGCGCAGGACUUCAAGACCGACCUGCGGUUUCAGAGUUCUGCCGUACAGGCCCUGCAGGAAGCCUCCGAAGCGUACCUUGUCGGCCUCUUCGAAGACUGCAACUUGUGUGCCAUUCAUGCAAAGCGAGUCACCAUAAUGCCAAAGGAUGUGCAACUUGCACGGCGCAUUCGUGGGGAACGCGCUUACUCAGAAGCUUGCGAGACUGCAUCGACUGAGAUCACAACGGCACAGUCUGAGCCUAUGGAAAAGGCAACAAAGAAGAGUCAAGAGCCAGAGACCGUUGAAGCAGUUAGCAGCGAACUCGCAAAAGAAGAUACUCCAGUUACAGAAAUCGCCACUGCUCAGCUACCGAACCAGUGUCCUACCCCUAUGGAGAACACACUCUCCAACAACACUUUGCUGAAGCGCCGUGCCUCGACAACCUCUGUGUCAAGAGACGUCAACUGCGUGUGCGACGGUACGCCACAGCACGCCAUGGCACGAACCAAGCAGACCGCCCGAAAGUCUACCGGUGGGAAGGCACCUCGCAAGCAGCUGGCAACGAAGGCAGCCCGGAAGUCAGCACCUGCCACUGGUGGCGUCAAGAAACCGCACCGCUACCGACCUGGCACAGUGGCUCUGCGUGAAAUUCGGCGAUACCAGAAGUCGACAGAGAUGCUGAUCCGUAAGCUGCCAUUUCAGCGGUUGGUCCGCGAAAUAGCGCAGGACUUCAAGACCGACCUCCGGUUUCAGAGUUCUGCCGUGCAGGCCUUGCAGGAAGCCUGCGAAGCGUACCUUGUGGGCCUUUUCGAAGACUCCAACUUGUGUGCGAUUCACGCUAAGCGCGUCACUAUAAUGCCUAAAGAUAUACAACUCGCACGACGCAUACGUGGCGAACGUGCUUAGCCACUUUCCGGCCCUUCACGGUGCUGUUCUUGUCAAAUUUUCAUUCAACGUUCUCAUCGAAUCAUUACCAUGGAUGUUUUAAGCGGCAUGUCCUGAAAUAAAGUGCCUUUCAAC